AAUACCCUCACUCGGGGAUAGAGAUUGCUAUUGCUAGCGAUUAUGAGGCUUGCGGCUGAGAGUUCCAAAGCAAGAGAACGGAAACAGAAUUACGUCUCAGGCGCCUAUGGCGUCUGAAUCUCGGACAUGCGGAUCAAGCUCUCAACCUACCUUUAAGUGCGUGGUGCUCCUUCAAAUCAAAGCUCCAGUCGAGAUCACAAGAUAGAAAGAUAAAAAGAGCUUUGACGAGAGCUGAAUGUCCUGAGCUAUCACCUGCAUUUUACCCCUCUCUGGGUAUAAAUCAUGUCAGCGUCGAAAGUUCUUUACUCGUUCACGAGGCUGGCGUUGUUCAGGCUCUGAUAGGUCAAGGGCUGGCCCUGGCGGAUACUAGCUCGACAGGAGUGGACGACAAGUUCGGUAGUACUCAAUCCCCGAUGUUCUCUGGUGACUAGACUAACCAAGGCUUCUUAGAAUUUCCACCUACAAUUGUACACAAUAAAACCAAGGCUCUCGCACGAUGGCUUCUCUAAGUCUCCAUGAUCUUGCACAAUACCGAUCGAUCAAACCUCAAUAUCAUGGCAAAUAUGCGUCUGUCCAGUCAAAACCACGGCUCAGUGUCCCCAAACUAUCGAUCUCUACUCCCCAAGAACGCACUACAAUCCUUAUAUGUCAUGGCAUGUUGGGAGAGUAUCCUAACUUUGUAGGUAACGAAGAUGUCCGUGGUGGCAUUCUCGCUCCCACAACUACUGCACCGCUUGCACUACCCCGAUUGAAGCAACAUAACGAGCUACACAACAAUCAACUGUAUAGACGACGUCCUUCUGUCCGGCGGCGUGUUUGCAGUCAGCCCACUCCAUAUCUACCCGAAGAACCGGACGAAGCGCCAUCCCAAAAUAUUACCCAUCCUUGUCAAACUAGGUUCAACAGAAAUGAACAUGAGGUAACCCGUGCCGAAGCGCCAUUGGAGAACUCCUCGAAAAACAUACAUAAAGGGCUAGAAGGUAUACCAGAAUCGUUGGAGAACAUUCCCAAUGACAAACCAUCCAUAGAUAUAUAUGUCCCACUAGCGGAUGCUUGUCAAUGUGGUGCAACGCGCCCUCGAUAUGAUGAGUGUAGACGGGUCUUGAGAUCAUGCCAGCAAUCUCGCACUCUACCCACUAACUUCUACCUCCAUGGCGUGAUGCGGCUCGAGGGGGAUCCCUUAACAGAUGGAGGAUUUUCUGACGUUUAUAUGGGCAUCUACGGAAAUAGGAUGGUUGCCCUAAAGCAAAUACGCUUCCUCAAUUAUGAUGCUGAUGCGGAACGGAUUGACAAGAGAAUUCGUCGCGAGGCCAUUCUUUGGAAACAAUUGCAACAUCCAUAUAUCCUCCCGUUUCUUGGUAUUGAUCUCGAGACGUCAUCGAGUAACCCUCCAAAGCCUCGUCUGGUCUCUCCUUGGAUGAAGGAAGGCAAUAUCCGUAAAGCUGCAUAUUCCCUGAAGUGUAGUGGACGACAUUAUCCUGUAGACGACUGGCUCCUACAAGUUGCCAAGGGUUUGAAGUAUCUCCAUGAUAUGGGUAUGAUCCAUGGCGACCUUCGAGGGGCGAAUAUCCUGAUAACAAACGACUUUCGCGUUCAAUUGGCCGAUUUUGGCAUGUCUUCCCUCCUUGAAGCUACUAGUGCCAGCCAUGGAUCGCAUCAUGGCGGCGCUCAACAGUGGCUCUCGCCUGAGCUACUCAGUGGCGAGGUUUCUCGGCCAACACAAGCAAGCGAUAUGUAUUCGUUCGGAUGUCUAUGUGUCGAGCUGUACACGCUGCAAAACCCAUUCCCCCAUGUCAAGUGGCAGCAGCACAUCUAUACCGAGAUUUUGGCCGGCAAACGUCCGAGUCGUCCCACCGUAGCGACUGGCAAAGCAAUGUCGGACGCUCUAUGGGCGUUGGUCCAGCAAUGCUGGUCCCAAGACCUGAGUCAAAGACCUAACGCUUCGGUGCUCGUUGAGUCGCUGAGUCGGAUCAUCUCCUGAAUGUUGAUUAUUGGAUUUCCCCUUCUAUUCCUUAUGGACCUCGAGUCCAAAAAGUCACUUAUUCAUCAUUCCUUCAUAUUUCGCGCGUUUCUAACCACUCUUUAUUCUAUUUAUGAAUACGCCGCUUGUAGCUGUAGCAUAGAUUAGUGGUAGCUUAUACGUCUUCAACUUUACUUACCACCUAUAGUAUAUCCGUAUUAUUAUCGUGCUUCUCAAUAACGGUUUUCUGGACAACAAGACGAUCUCACUUCUUUGGUAUAUCUUUGCUUUGCAACGUAAAAAGACAUGGGAGCUUCCGACGGCAGAUGUAGAGCUGCGAGAUUAGUAACAGGAUGAAUAUGUUCACACUCCUAGAUACACAGGCCUUCCUGGAGCAACGUACGUCUGGACCAAAGUGACGUGAGUACGUAUAGCCAUGGAAUCACCUGAAUAGUACCGCAUCUUGUUCGCAGCAUCGCCCUGGUAUGGGCUGAAGUGGAUGUCAGGAUCUGUGGCCGAGUAU